CUCCCCCGCCAUCCCCUCCAGGCCCUCGCCCUCAUCCCCGCGACACCUCCACUGCCUCAUCCUCAUCCUAGGGAUGCAGCACCGCCUCCACCCGCGCGUUCCCCACCGCCGCCGCAUCCUCAACCUCGCGAUGCAACACCACCUCCCCCGCCACCUCCCCCGCCUUCCUCGGGCUCCCACCCUCGUGAUGCGGCGCCUCCUCCACCCCCUCCGCCCCCUCCGCAUCACCCUAGGGACGCACCACCUCCCCCGCCGCCGCAUUCUCCUCCGCCACCUGGUCCCCAACCUCGCGACGCGGCGCCUCCUCCGCCUCCGCCUCCACCCCCAGGCCCACACCCUCGAGAUGCAGCUCCUCCUCCACCUCCGCCUCCGCCCGCGUCUCCUCACGCUGCACGCGAUGGUCAGUUCUGGGCCGUACGCAGGACCUAUGUUGAGGACUAUUACUACUAGGCACCGAUCGGAUGGUUAGGUUUAUGGGAUGAGACAUGGGCCGUAAGGAGCGGUGUAGGUCUAUUCUGUGGCGAGUAGAGGCGGACAUUAGUGUAAUAUUAUAUGACGUUGUAGUACGGCGCUCAAAUGGAUGCUUCAUGAGUGUAUCUAUCGUUC